AUGAAUAUGGAACAGAAAUUGGUUUUCAUCACUGGCGCCAACCAAGGCAUUGGUCUCGAAACAUCCAAAAACCUCAUCCUCUCCGGCAAUUAUCAUGUUAUCCUAGGCUCCCGUAAUCCAGCCAAGGGAGCUAAAUCCAUCAAGGCCCUACGGGCCCUCCCUGAUGUGAAAGGCACUGCCUCCUGGGUUCAGAUAGAUGUCACCGACGAUAAAUCUGUCGAUGCAGCUGCUGCCCAGAUAGCAUCUCAGUAUGGAAAGCUCGAUAUUCUAGUCAAUAAUGCCGGAAUCAUUUCCCUGGCCAGCCCACCAAGCCGCGAGGCACUCAGGCAAAUCCUAGACGUUAAUGUCGUCGGCGCCCUUAGCACAACCAAAGCCUUGCUGGACCUCCUCCGCAAGGCUCCUGAGAAGGGGCUUGUGUCCGUGAGCUCCAGCACUGGUUGCAUCACGCAUGCAGUGAAUCCCAAGUCGCCUUACUAUAGCCCCCUUGGAACUGAGUACCGCACGAGCAAGGCAGCUGUCAAUAUGCUGAUGGUGAUAUACCAGGCAAGACUGAAAGAUGAUGGAUUUAAGGUGCUAGGGGCGGAUCGGGUUUGUGUGCUACGAAUUUUACAGGGAAACCAGAGUCGCUGCGCAAUAGAGGCGCUGCAGAGCCGGAGGAUGGUGGCCGCAGAGUGGCGAUUGUGGUCAAGGGAGAGAAGGAUGCGGAUGUUGGGAGGGUGCUGA